CAAGGCAUUAGUACCCAAAAAAAAAAGAAAAUGGAGGAUGUGUUUCACUUCUCACGCAGCUCGCCUUCCAGAACAUGUUUAGAACCGUACAUGAUUUUCACUGGCCCAACACAGAGCGCUCAACAAGAAAAUCAUCUCUUUUUUCUUGGUUUUUGUCUAGAUUUGAAGUUCAGACGCUAUUUUUGAUGGUGAUAUUGAUUUUCAAUAUACUGCAGAUGGAUAUCAGACCGUAACAGGCAACCUUUGAGAAAUAAUUGCUUUUCGUGUUCGGAGCUCAAAGCUUUCGUAGCAAAUCAUAUGGAGAUUUAUGCCUAUUAAUGAGUAGGUUUGAUGGUUCUUAUUUACGGUGUUUCUAGAGAUGACGUUUGCUAGUGCUUCCUUAAUAAUCUUCCCCAAGGACUUGUGGCCAACUGAAAUUGAAACACUAUCGACUGAUAAGGGAAUCAAUUAUCAAAAAAAAAUGCCAUUUGAGCACUUCUACAAAUGAUAUUAAAAGGAGCAAAGAUUGCAAAAGAUGCAUUUUUCACUUAUAUCAUUUCGAG